UAUUAUUAGGUCAAUAGGAGGCUUUUGUUUGGCCCACCAGAGCCCAUUAUUUGUCAUCGCCGUCAUCACUCACUCCUGUAUACGCGUUGACACACCAAAAGCCGCGACGGCGGGGGUGGCGGCAGCAGCAAGCAGCAGCGGAAGAAGAGGGUGAGGGAGAUCGAGAAUGGGUCUGGAGCCGGAGGAGCUGCAAGCGAUGUCGGUGAUGGACGUGGUGCGGGAGGCGGUGGCGAUCGGGCACGGCGCGAGGCAGACCUUCGCGCUCAUCACCCUCGCCCUGGUCCUCCCCCUUUCCAUCGCCGUCCUCGCUCACAGCCUCUUCACCCACCCCAUCCUCCUCCAGGUCCAGGAAAACGACGCCCCCGCCUCCCAGUGGCUCCUCCUCCUCCUCUACCAGUUCGCCUACCUCCUCUUCCUCUUCACCUUCUCCCUCCUCUGCACCGCUGCGGUAGUCUUCACCGUCGCCUCCAUCUACGCCGCCAAGCCCGUUUCCUUCGCCUCCUCCCUCGCCGCCGUCCGCCCCAUCUUUUCCCGCCUCUUCCGCACCUUCCUCUGGGUCGCCCUCCUUAUGCUCCUUUACAACCUAGCCUACGCCAUCGCGAUCCUCCUCCACGGCCCGCUCUUCCUCCUCCUCUCCGCCGCCGUCGCCCUCGCCUUCCUCGCCGUCCACGUCUACAUCUCCGCCCUCUGGCACCUCGCCAGCGUCGUCUCUGUCCUCGAGCCCCUCUGCGGCCUCGCCGCCAUGGCUAAAAGCCGCGACCUCCUGCGCGGCCGCGGACGCAUGGCUGCUACCCUCGUGGCGGGCUACCUCGGUGCUUGCGCCGUCAUAGGCGCGUCCUUCCGAGCUUUAGUCGUCAAGGGAACCCACGAGGAGGGCAGCCUCGGCGUGACUAGCGUCCCUGCCAGAGUCCUGAUCGGCUACGCUCUCGUGACGUUGCAAGUCGUGGUCAACUUCAUCGGCCUGCUCGUGCAGAGCGUCUUCUACUACGUCUGCAAGAGCCACCACCACCAGCAAAUCGACAAGAGGGCGCUGUACGACCACCUAGGCGGUUAUCUCGGCGAGUACGUUCCUCUCAGAAGCUCCAUUCAGAUGGAAAACUUAUGAAGGAAGAUCGAUCGUCUUAAUUUGUUGCUCUUCUCUUAAACUUUAAAGAUCCUUAAUUAAGUGCGUAACAAGCAAGUAACUGUGAGUUGAAAUGAUUACACCCAUUAAUUAACUGUAUUCUCGCAUCUUCUCUAAUAACCUGUUAAUCUAAAAACAAACGAUGAAUGCCCGGUUUCAUAGAGAGGUUGAAGCGAGGAUC